AUGAUUUCUUGUUACAAGGAGUCCUUCGCUCAAAAUGAUCUACUUCAUAAACCAACAAAGCCGCCUAAACCUACGAAAAACCCUAAUGAAAAAGAGACGACUGGAAAUUCUAAGGAAUCCGAGGGACUUUCAAUUGAGUUGAAUGGAAAAUCAAACGAGUCAGAGGGACUACUUUCAGUUGAGCUGAAUGGAAAAUCAAAUGAGUCAGAAGGUCUUUCAGUUGAGCUUAACGGCAAAUCAAAUGAAUCAGAAGGGCUUUCAAUUGAGCUGAAUGGACAAUCAAAUGAGUCAGAGGGACUCUCAAUUGAGCUGAAUGGCAAAUCAAAUGAAUCAGAAGGGCUUUCAAUUGAGCUGAAUGGACAAUCAAAUGAGUCAGAGGGACUCUCAAUUGAGCUCAAUGGAAAAUCAAAUGAAUCAGUUGGACUUUCAGUAGAGCUGGGACUUUCGGAUGAGCUUGGACUUUCGUCGGAAUUAAAUCUUUCAGCAGGAGCGUCAGGACUUUCAGUAGAAGCUUCAGGACUUUUGUCAGCUUCACUGGAACUUCCAUCAGAGGCAUCUGGACUUUCAGAGUCGUUGGAAAUUUCAGCUGAAUCAUCGGGUCUCUCAGUAGAGGCUUCCGGACCUGUGUCAGCAUCAUUAGAACUUUCAGUUGAGUCUUUGGAGCUUUUUAAUGAAACCGAAGUAGUUUUAAAUGAGACGGGAAUUGUACCAAUAAAGCCGCCAGAACUAUUUUGCUGUAACCCACUUGGACCUUGCCUUUUAUGUCCUCUCGGACAACACUGCAUUGGGAACCCAGGAGCAAAACAUUGUGUUCCAUUAGUAUGCGAUUUAUUCUGUAAAAUUGGCUUCGUAUGCAAAAUACUUAAUGGAAAACCAGCAUGUGUUCCAAUUGCAUGUAGCUUAUUACCUUGCCGGAUCGGUUUCAUAUGUAAAAUUGUCAAUGGAAAGCCGCAAUGUGUCAGAAUUAUUUGCAAUUUGCUGUGUAAAGUUGGCUUCGUAUGCAAGAUACUAAAUGGAAAUCCAGCAUGUGUUCCAAGAGGAUGCGCUUUCACACGUUGCCGAUUCGGUUUUGAAUGCAAAAUAAUUAAUGGAUUGCCAAAAUGUGUUCCAAUCUUAUGCAACUUAAUCCGAUGUCCGUUAGGAUUCGUAUGCAGACUUGUCAAUGGAAGACCAAAAUGUGUCAGAAUUAUUUGCAACUUAUUCUGCAGAAUCGGUUUUGUAUGCAAAAUAGUCAAAGGCAAACCAGCAUGUGUUCCAAAUGUGUGUAGCUUAAUACGCUGCCGGAUCGGAUUCGUCUGUAAAAUUAUAAAUGGAAAGCCGCAAUGCGUCCGAAUCGUUUGCAAUCUUCUGUGCAAAGUUGGCUUCAUAUGCAAGAUAUUGAAUGGGAAACCAGCAUGUGUUCCAAAAGUUUGCAACUUAGUUUGCCGCAUUGGUUUUGUCUGCAAACUUAUUAAAGGAUUGCCAAAAUGUGUGCCAAAUGUGUGCGGUUUACUGCCUUGCCCAUUAGGAUUUGUAUGUAAAAUAGUCAACGGAAGACCAAAAUGUGUCCGAAUUAUUUGCAAUUUAUUCUGCAAAAUCGGUUUUGUGUGCAAAAUCGUCAACGGUAAACCAGCAUGUGUUCCAAGAGGAUGUGCCUUAAUACGUUGCCGCUUGGGUUUAUAUGCAAAAUCAUUAAUGGAUUGCCAAAAUGUGUGCCAAUCUUAUGCAAAAUCCGUUGUCCAUUAG